CGACGGAAAUUUUAGAUAAACAAAACAGAAGCUAGCUAUUUUUGAGUUAUAUCACAUGCAGAGUUUUUUUUUAAAUAUAUAUAUAUAUAUAUUUCUAUUUUUAAACUUAAGAUUUUCAGGAGAGUUUGAAGGUAAAGUCUCGGUGGUUAAAACCGCGGUGUGGUCUUCGUCAAGGAGAAAACUAUCAUCUCAUAGCCGUUGGAAAAUACGGCUAUGAGAUAAAUGGCAUUUCAGAAUUGUUUUUAGGUGCCUCUAUCAGCUCUAAAUAUCACUUGGUGGCGUUAUAGCAACAGACUCGAGGUUACAUGUAACCGUAUGGCUGUUAGUGUCUUGAUAGUUUCAGACAGGAAAUGAACCUAAGGAUUUUUUAAUUAAUUUAUUUUUUUCUUUGUACUUGCAAUAGUUAGCUAACUUCUUUUACGACUGUGAGCCAUGUUUCUAACGUGACACGGUGGACGUGGAUGAAUGCACCGCCUUUUCUCGUCUGUGUUCGGGUGUUGCCUGCCUGGUUGGCUGUCUGUUGAUCGACCCUCUGCAGCAGCACGCUGCUCCUCCUCCUGCCGCUGCGGUGGUUUCCUGUCUCCUGACGCCGUUUGAGACUAAAAGACAUCGAUUUUCAUUUGGUUUGAAUACAGAUGCGCAUGAGUCCUGGACAGUAACAGGAUGGGAUCUCUGAAGGCUCUCCAGGAGUGGUGUCGGAUACAAUGUGAAAACUACAGCAAUGUGGAAAUCAGGGACAUGUCUUCGUCCUUUCGGGACGGUUUGGCGUUUUGUGCCAUCAUCCAUCGCCACAGACCAGAACUGAUAGACUUUGAUUCACUGUCAAAAGAAAACAUCUACGAGAACAACCGUCUGGCCUUUGAGGUGGCAGAGACCGAGCUGGGAAUUCCAGCCUUGCUGGACGCAGAAGACAUGGUGUCCAUGAAAGUCCCCGACCGACUGAGCGUUAUCACAUAUGUGUCCCAGUAUUACAACUUUUUUAACAACAAAUCACAAGCGAACCCCCCUUCUAUGAAGAGGCUUAGUACAGUCAGUCAUAAUGAACCAGCCCAGAAAAAACCACCAACUCUUUUGGAAGACAAGGGGGAUGAGGCUGAGACUGGUGCAGAGGAGGUCACUGUGGUCAAGAGCAGCACUCUGAGCAGCUCCUGUGCUGCUUGCCAGAAACACGUUCAUCUGGUGCAGAGGUUUCUCAUCGAUGGCAAGCUUUACCAUCGGAGCUGUUUCAGGUGCACAGAGUGUCGCAGCACCCUCCUGCCUGGAUCCUACAGAGGAAAUGACUCUGGGGCGUUGGUUUGUACACACCAUCUCUCAAAGCACGCUUCAGCCAAUCAGAACGGUCGUCCGGAUCUCAGUAAAAUAACAGAGGAGGUUCAGUCUGCUAGGACUGGUCGCAGCGCAGCUCUUCACCCCGUCCUCUCUGAGAGGGAUGAGACAAAGACUCCUUCCCCUGUACGCUCAACUAAUGGUGACACAGCGGCUAAUGACUCUGUCACAACUGUUACAAGCAAUAAGGAAGAGUCUUUGGAUGAAGAAGAAAAGGAGGAAUCACGUCCUUCCUCUCCACCUAAUCCUUUUGAUGAGAGUGAUGAAGAGGAGGAUGAGGAGUGCAAUGUGGAAGAAAAACAAACUCUUGAAACAUCCAAUAGGGAUGUUCCUUCUGGCUCUGAUGAAAACGCUGCUGAAGCCAGUGUACCUGUGCCGGCGCCCAGAACGCUGUCAGAGACCACCCCUCCACCUCGCCCGACUCCCCGGGUUCGGCUAGCCUGCAACGCAAGCAGUUCUUCAGCCACAGUCGAACAUCUGAAGCCUCCAGCUCCCCCCAAACCCAGAGAGCGCUCACAGUCUCCUGGAAGUGGCACCCAUAAACCCAAAGACCCACCUUGGCUUGCCCUGGUCCAAUCAGAAUCUAAGAGGAAGAAAGCCCCUCCCCCACCCCCUCCUGGAAUGGCAGCACCCCCAAACACAGGCUCUCUGUCUUCUUCCCAAGCGGAGGGCUCUGGACCCAGCCCGCCCCCUCAGCCCUCCAAUCCCUUUGAGGAUGAGGAUGACGAGGUAAAUGAAGAAGAGGAAGGUGAGGAAGGAGUAGUUCCACCCACAGUGGCGGCCUCCCACCCAUGGUACAGCAUCACUCAGACAUCUGAUGCUUCAAACAUCACAAAAGGAAGCUCGUCCCGCUCUGCCAGUCCAGGUAGCGCUAAGAGCAAGAAAAGGCCAGCACCGCGUGUUCCUUCCCAGCCGCCUGCUGGCAACCAAGCUGUGUCUCACUCGCAGCCCUCCUCCUGUUCUCCCUCUCCAGCUCUAAGCAUAGAGAGUUUAUCCUCUGCCUCAGACCACAGCUCAUCCCAGCUCCCACUGGGUGCCAGUGCCAGCAGCGAGCAGGAGCAAAGCUUCACCAAGAGCGUCUCAGAGCCCUCUAUGUGUUCCCCCAGCGACAACCCAUCUUCCUCCUCAUCAUCAGAUCUCCUUAACCAAACCUCUCAAAGCGCUAGCCCCUCUCCUAUGUCUGCAAAUGCCAGUUCUGCUCCGGCCACUCCACAGACCAGCCGCAACACCGGACCCAAACCACCACGACCAAGCACCACUCCCAGCCCACUAGCAACACAGUCAAAUAACAAACGGUUUUGUAAGGAGAAUCCCUUCAACAGGAAAGCAUCUCCCUCUAACCCAAAUUCUGAAAACAGACCUUCAAGAGGGCCCCGCCCCGCCAGACCCCCGGCACCCGGACAUGGCUUCCCGCUUAUCAAACGGAAGGUGCAGUCGGAUGAGUACAUCCCCAUAGAUGACAUCCAUGCAGAGCUGCUACAGCUGGAGAAGCAGCUGGAUGAGCUGGAACAGAGAGGAGUGGAGCUGGAGAAGAAGCUGAGAGACACCCCUAACGAUGAGGAUGAAGAGCGCCUCCUUGUAGACUGGUUCACUCUGAUUCAUGAUAAACAUCAUUUAGUGCGACGUGAAGCGGAGCUGGUCUACACUGCGAAGCAGCAGAACCUGGAGGAGAGGCAAGCUGAUGUGGAGUAUGAGCUGAGGUGUCUUCUCAACAAACCAGAAAAAGACUGGACUGAGGAGGACAAGAGUCGGGAGCAGGAGCUGAUGGCUGAGCUAGUUACCAUCAUUGAACAGCGCAACCAAAUAGUUAACAACAUGGAUCAGGAGCGGCAGAGGGAAGAGGAGGAAGACAAACUAAUGGAGGCCAUGUUGAAGAAAAAAGACUUUCACAAGGAUCCAGACAGUGACCACCAGAAGAAAAAAGGGAAAAAGUUUAAACCCAUCAAGGUGCUGAAGAGGCUGAGUCAUAAAGGAGAAGCAGGAAAGAGUCCCAGCCCUCACAAGGAGAAGAGCUGAGGAGCAGAGGACACAUCAGGGGAGGAUGGAGUACUUUAACAAGACUAACAUUUUUUUUAUUAUUAUUUAACGAUGAAUAAUGGAGCAUAUCAGGUCAGAAAGAUGACCUUCACUUGCAACUUUCCAUCUGCUCAGUCCUAAAACAUCUGCAGUGACCUUUUCCAUCUGGCUUUGUGUAUUUUAAAGUAACAGUUUAAGUAAGUGCUUUAUGAGCUUUGAUCUCGAAAUAUAAACAUGUUGAAGAGUGGAGAGUCGUUAUUGUGCUGCACUGAUAUAUGACAAAGCUUUAAGGCUGGUUUAUACUCAGAAACCAGGUUGUCUGCAUGUGUGUCGCAGCUAACGCACAUAUGACCCCGCCCCCUCCGCAGACACUCUGGUGCAACUCUCCCAAAUUGUAGGUGACCGCAGACAGGAGGCCUCUGAUUGGUCAAAUCUAUAUCCGCUCUACACUAAGAGUAUUUCCUGUUUGGUACCCUACUGGCUUGUUCUGUUUCUAUGACCGCCAUUGUGGAAAGUGCCCCUUGAAGAUGGACCAGCUAGAAGAGUGAGGUGCACGAGAACGCUGCAACCCUUUUUACACCUGGAUUCCCGCUCUUUUUCGCACUCGUAUCUCUCCGUAGAACUUGGCCCUUGCGUUUUUCCACUUCCUCACCGCCUCGGCCGUAUCUGACCCACAGCUAGUUCGUGAUUGUCCCUCUGCAAACUUGCACAUAAAUCAAAAAUAUCUGCAUCAUGCCUGCAACAAGCUCACUGCGACACACUGCUGCAGGAGCAUAACCAGCCCUUUACUCUUCCAGCAUUACUCAGUGACAAUGCUUCAGGAGGGCUUAGCAAAGCUAAGCUUACUUUUAGUUUUAUCUUGAUACCUGAUAGUUAUUGGUUUAGUAAUGGUUUUGUGCUAUAGAUCCAACCAUCAGAACUUUGGUGGACUAAAUCCGAUCCGAUCUCUGGUUUCAGUGAAGCUUUGACCUUCUGUGUUUAUACCAACCCCAUUUUACUUUGGGGAAAAAUAGGCCAUAAAAAGGUAUAAGAACUGUAUUCAAAACAUAUUUUUCCGUUUUUCUUGCCCCAAGUGGUCAUCAGUAGUUAGAGUAAAGGAAGCAGCGUCAGACUGCGUGCGAAAACAGGAUGCUUUUAUCACCAUUAUCAACUUGACAUUUAAAAUGUCAUUAGUAGUUUUAUAGCUGUUAACAUGGUGGUGUUAGCAUUACAAAAAAACAGGAGAUAUUCUCUAAAGAUUAACAAUCCUAGCCUAGAUGUUGGCCUUUCCAUAUAUUGCUGUCAGCCUCCGAUGCAUUCAGUCUAACAUGCCAAUAUUUAAAUCUAAAGCUUCCUGUAUCUGCUGAUCGAGCCCCAUUCUCGUUUUCUUGCACCUGAUCACUUUUGGAAAAGUGUUGUUUUGAAUACAUUUUUACAACUUUUGAGCUUCAUUAGCAUUAUCUAUCCUGUAAAUGGAGUCUCCAUACUGUAAAAGCAUCCACACUGAAACUUCUUGCUAUGAUAUGGCGGUGUGCUAAUAUGGUACAUUCACUGAUCAGCGAAGAGAUCAAAUAAAAAAAAUCAAUCAGAUCAAAGCCAUUUGCUAAAAACUGUCAGAUCCCAGUCCCUGCUUGACUUUAUGCUGCAUCGGUUUCACAUUCAUUGCUUUGACUUUCACUCCCUCAGUAUCACUUUUACUCCUUCAAAAGGAGACGAGAUGGACCUUGUAUUACGGGUGGUACUUAAGUAUAGUAUGUUUUUGUUUGUUUUUCUUUUAUGAUUUUUUUUUUUUUUUAAACUGCAGCAGUUUUCCAUUUAAAACCGGAAAGGAAAGUUUACCCAAACAGUUCCAGCUGCUAAACUGUUCCUGAAAUCCUCAUUUCGUCAUUUGUUUAUGCUGUUGUUUGUAGUUACAAUAUUUAUUUGUGUGUUUGGAAAACAUGAAAGGAAGGAAAUGUGUAUUUAAAUAAGAAACCCAUAGAUCUGUUAUCACCCCAUGCAAUAAUUAUAAGAGGACAGAGUAUUAAGCAAAAUGCUAUUUUAUAUGAGCUUUAGGGAGCAGGUUUACGUAGGCUUUUAUUAUACAAUCAUUAACUUUUAUAAGCCUUUCUGUUUGUAUUGCCUUAAAACUAAUUGAGCAUUGUAUUUAUGACCAGGCUGUUUUAUUUAUCUGAGCAUGUGAAUGAAGGUCUGUAGAGUUCUUACAUAUUUGUGCGUGUAGUUGUUUUGUUAUCACACCUCUGUUCUCUCCCUGUGCCUGACUACUGGUCCAGCUUAAACAAAGGGCUUCAGUAGCACCACAUCCUGGAUUGUAUAAAGUACUGACCUGCAUAAGGAGAAGAAUAAACUCAGUUUAUUUAAAGUUUUUGUUCACUGACUUAUAAAGCGGAAACAUGAGGCAGAUGAUUG